AUGUCGGACAUAUCACCAGAAAACAAUGGUCCAAUGCGAGCCUCAAUGCCACCUCCACCCGUUGCAAUGGCUGCCUCGAAGCUCAGAAUCCAGACCCUCCAGGAGCAGCUCAAGCAGAAAGACAGGAUCAUCCACGCGCUCGAGGCCCAAAAACGCUCGCGCCUCGCCUUCGAAGCCGAAAAGGCCAGACAGAAAGAGCUCGCCAAGAUGAACAUGGGAUGGCGCAGGCACAACGCUAACCCUCACACGCCUUGGAUAUAUCGCAGUGGGGAAAUCAGGGGGGGUACGGAAGGCAACGUCAAAACCGAGAAAGCCGUUUUCGUCACCGAGUACAGAUUUGCGAUAGAGAGUGUCAAGAAGAUUAACGCCGAAGCCGAGCUCGCGGAGGCUCGGGUCCAAACCUUGCGAGCAGAGCAGAGGGACGCUUACGGUAAGGCGCAGGAAUUGAUAAAGGUAGCGGAGGAGCUAGAAGUGGAGGUUGCGAGGGAAACGAGGGUGAGGGUUGCUCAGUCUUCUCCCAAAGAAGAUCAGGACGCGACGACAAGCGACGGGGACAUCCCAGACUCGGCUGGUGAUGUGAACAUGGGAGAAUUUUCGACCUCGACCGCUACCGCCCCGGAGAAUGGCCGGCUGGUAUUGAAUCCACCAAAGCGAGAGAGAUCCUUGCCCACGGAGAACAUUCGCCCUACCCGCCUAAGAUUAAGCCAGCCAAAGCGAGAGAGGUCUGUCUCAGUGGAGGAAAUUCACCCCACACGUUUCAGACUGAGCCAGCCCAAAAGGAAAGUUGGCGACGAGAGUUCAGAGCCCGUGGAGGCUCUUCGAUCCACCCGGGCUGAGAAAGUUAGGGAUGAGUCCCACAGAGUACGCGAUGGUCGGGUGCUCAAGGCCUCGGCGAAGGCAAGGAAGUAA